AUGUCUAUCUCAAAUACUAAGUACACUUCAUCCACCUCAAAUAUUGAGUCCUACAAUGCCAAUACAAGUACUGGAGGGUGUAAUCGUUGCUAUAAAACCAAACCUAUUGCUAAAUUUACAAGACAGUGUGGAAAUGAAAUUAAAAACAGUCAAAAAGAUUAUUGA